AUGAACGUCAUUCUGACAAUACCGCGCGCUCUCACUGUGCUGUCUCCAUCUCUGCCGACAUUCGGGCAUCUCACAUUCAGUGCACAACUCGUACCAUUCUUAGACUCCGACCAGGAGUACGGACAAUGCCAGAACGACAGGCUUGUCAUCAGUGCCCCUUCUCUGGAUAGGCCUGUGCAAAUCGGAAGGCUACGUGAUGGAGCAGAUUGGUUUACUCUUACCUGGAAUCGAGCCACCGAAUUUGAUUCGUCGACUUUCAGUAUCGCCUGCAGUCGGAACGGGACUAUGACGAUCCACGGCAUACCGCUUGCUGCAAACCAGUCAAAGAAGCUUCAGGACAACGACACCGUCGAGUUUCGGGAUACUCGCUCAUCUUUUCGUCUCAUAUUCUCAUACCGCAAGAAAUACGUCUUCCGGAGUCCGAGAUCCACGCUCUAUGACGUGGUCAAGUUGGCUGGCGAGGGAGGGAACGGCGCAGUCUUCUUCUGUCGCCAGGCCGGGGUUGGUCGCGCGGUCGCGAUCAAGUCAGCUCAAGCGCCAUCAGUGAAUGCCGACGGAACGCAGCCUCCUUCUUCAGAAGCACAAGCGCUGGCAUUGAUAUGGAUGGAAGUCAAGAAGCAGAACGAUCGUUUACCUGCUGGUGCUAGGUGGCCCGAACCUAACAUUGUGAGGAUGUAUGAGCAAUGGGCGUAUGCGCAAACUCAUACCCAAUACAUUGUCAUGGAUCUCGCCAUUGGCAAUCUAUUCGACCUGGUACCCUCUGUCUCUGUCGAUGAGCGCUCAGUUGCACCUUACACGAUACGUUUACCCGAGAAUAAGGUUCUAUCGGCCGCGAGGAACAUUGUGGAUGGGCUGAUGUUCAUACAUAUGUUGGACCUGGUUCACGGUGAUAUCAAACCCAACAACUACUUGCUCCACGUGCCACUAGAUCCUACCACUGGUAUGUAUCGCGUGAUUCUUGCCGACUUUGGGUCGUGUAAGCGCAUCACCGCCUUGAAGAAGAUGUCGGUCGCAAAGAAACCUUACAUCGGCACACCCGGUUACAUGGCCCCUGAAGUGGCGAGUCCAUCCCAUGUCUACACGCCUUUGGUGGACGUCUGGGCUGCUGGACUGACAAUAUACUACCUCUUCACGGGGGUCUCACUGUUCAGAUCGGCCACUGCGGAAGACGUCCGCAAGAUAGCUGAAGCGAGUAAACACUGGACAAGGCUGGAAAGGACGGAAAGCAUCAGUCUUGGAGCUAUCUCAUUCUUGAGGGGAUGCCUAGAGCUGGAUCACAACAAACGGUUCAACUCCCUCGCGGCUGCCUCCGAUCCUUGGAUCUACUCUGUAGAGAGGGCGAAUCCUUUGCUGGACGCCAUGGCGGAGCACAUGAAACGAGGGUCCGAGGCUCCCGCACAAGUCCAGAAGCGAGCGCGCGAUCAGAUCUCCAAAACCCCACCUGAGCACGGUGACCAGAAGCGCGCUCGCGACACGCUUCUUCCCUAG